AGGAGUGGUCACUCUCUAAAUCUAGGCAAGGAAGAGGAGGAGUCUGAGCCGGGUCCCGCCUCUUCUCCAGUAAAGUCCCGCUCCAGCUCUGGAGGCUGGAGUUCUGAGGACUGGGAGCCGCUGCACGUCGCCGGCUUUCCCCCAUGGCUUCGGUGACUAGAGCCGUGUUUGGAGACCUGCCCUCAGGGGCAGGGACAGUGGAGAAGUUCCAGCUGCAGUCAGACCUGCUGAAAGUGGACAUCAUCUCCUGGGGCUGCACCAUUACGGCCCUGGAGGUCAAAGACAGGCAGGGCAGGGCUUCAGAUGUGGUGCUCGGCUUUGCAGAGUUGGAAGGUUACCUCCAAAAGCAGCCCUACCUUGGAGCCGUGGUUGGCCGGGUGGCUAACCGAAUUGCCAAAGGAACAUUCACAUUGGAUGGGAAGGAGUAUAAGCUGCCCAUUAACAAUGGACCCAACAGUCUUCAUGGAGGAGUGAGAGGGUUUGAUAAGGUCCCCUGGACCCCUCAGGUGCUGUCAAAUGGCGUCCAGUUCUCGAGGGUCAGUCCAGAUGGUGAGGAAGGCUACCCUGGGGAGUUGAAAGUCUGGGUGACGUACACGCUGGAUGGUGGGGAGCUUAUGAUCAACUACCGAGCCCAGGCCAGUCGGACCACACCGGUCAAUCUGACCAACCAUUCUUAUUUCAACCUGGCAGGCCAGGGUUCUCCAAACAUAUAUGACCAUGAAAUCACUAUAGAAGCUGAUGCCUUUUUGCCCGUGGAUGAAACCCUGAUUCCUACAGGAGAAGUUGCUCCAGUGCAAGGAACUGCCUUUGACCUGAGGAAGCCAGUGGAGCUUGGAAAACACCUGCAGGAGUUCCGUAUCAAUGGCUUUGACCACAAUUUCUGUCUGAAUGGCUCUAAAGAAAAGCACUUUUGUGCACGGGUCCGUCAUGCCGGCAGCGGGCGGGUGCUGGAGGUGUACACCACCCAGCCUGGGGUCCAGUUCUACACGGGUAACUUCCUGGACGGCACGCUGCAGGGCAAGAGGGGAGCCGUCUAUCCCAAGCACUCUGGUUUCUGCCUGGAGACCCAGAACUGGCCUGAUGCUGUCAACCAGCCCCACUUCCCUCCUGUGCUGCUGAGGCCCGGGGAGGAGUAUGACCACACCACUUGGUUCAAGUUUUCUGUGGCUUAAGCAUAAAGACAUGACCUCUUCCAGGGCCAGGCCGGGAGCCCCUUCAGCAGCCUGUCUCCUGCCCAGAGAGGAGAUGAAGACUUAGAGGCUUUCAAAGUGAUCCUGCGAAUUAAAACCAUGUAAAGGGUAGCUUCAUAGUACUGAGUCUGAGUAUUGAUUUCCUUUUCCGGUGACUGGCUCCAGGUCGGGGCUGAGGAGCAGCUCUCUCCUCUGUGUGGUUAAAGAGGACCCACCCAUUAAUGUCAUCUCCUGAGCCCCAGCCCUAGCCCAGAAGAGGUACCCACGCCCCCUGUACUGGGUUGGCUCUGUCUCUCCACCCUGUUGCUGCCUUCUGCUUUUUACCCUUUCUUUGAUCCUACCCUUUCCUCUUUUUGUCCUCCUCCUCUGCGUCCUCAAACCACCUCCCUCCCGUGCAGUACUGUGGCCUUUUCGGUCUCUGAGCUCCUGUACCAUGCUGGCAGAGGGGCCUGUCUGCCCUGGGAAGGCUGGAGAUGCCUGAGAGGGAGGGAGCUGGGGCUUCGGGAGGGUAAACGGCCCUCGUAAAAAACACAAGGCUGGGAACGAUUUUAGUCAGGACUUGACAUCAGGUCAUGCACAUUCAAGUCCCCUUCUUUGCUCCAUUUCAGCUUGCCAGGGCAUUCCUGGGGUCACGGAGGGGCAAAGGGGGGUCUGACCUUCCUCUCUUUGGGCCAGGCUUUCUUCCCAGAUUUAUGUUUGUAAGAAGCAUGAGUCUGAGUCUGAGUUUAGGUUUCUUAAAGAUGUCCCUUAAAGGGCCAGGUCAAAAUACCCAGAGGGAGUCUGUAAUUUUGAUUCUCUGCCUUUGGGAUUGAGAAAGUCCCAGCCCAGCCAAGGCGUGGGCAGCCAACAAGCCACUGGAGACAAGAGCCGCGUUAGUGUGGAGACGGGGCCUGAGGACGGCACAUUGCACCAGGAACAAGAAGUCGUGUUAUGUAGAUGAGGCCGGGGCUCCCCCUUUUCCUGAGCAAUUGAAUUACCAGCUAUGGGUUUGGGUUGGUGGCUGGUUU